UAUAAAUGACUUGAACGAAUACGAAGGAUUAAUCGUUGAUACGUAUAUGUGUAGCGAUUCUUCAAUGAGAUAUGUAUCUAAUGUAGUCAGUUUGCAUUGGGCAUUUACAUGUUUAGAUGCCAGUCCUUUAAAAUCAGGACAGUCAAUAGAACGUAGAACGUAUAUUAUGCGCUGUGACAUUUUUUUUUUUUGACAAAGGUAGCAUCGACUAACUUUAAGAAGAACGAAUUCUCUUUAUCUAAGCAUCGUUAGGGUGUGUAUUCCUUUUUAACGGUAUCCGUUGAUCAUCAAUACGUAUGUGUACAUUGUGUUGUGUACUACAAAUAUAUAUUUACUGAUCAGUGUUGAUUGACGAUAAGGAUAGAUUAAUUGUCUAUUGGUAUCAAUCUUCUAAAUACGAUACAAUAUACGAACAUAUAAUAUGAUCGUCGACGCAUGCCGAUAUAUCUAUGUAACGCAGCAGACAGAUCAAGACAUAUUUCUUUUAAUCGACUCGCGUUGAUAAUGCAUGAUGCGAAUAUAAUAUAAGGGAUAAUAAUAUUUGUUAAUUUACGUAAAGUAGUAGUGUCCUCAAUUCGGAUUAGAUAGUGUAGUUCGAAAAAUACAAGGUUUAUGUUUCCCGCGUCCGGGAUCGGAGACAAAGAAAAUGGAAGUGGUGGUAGAAGCUGAAGCCGAAGCCGCGGCCGCGGCGCCAGCAAAUAGUCAGUGGCUGCUCCGAUCGAAGGACAUAAGUAGGGGGGACUGGAGAGAGGAGAGGGAAAGAAAGAGAAAAAUAGGAGGCCGAGGCAAAGGGAGAACACCAUGCCAUAAACAUACAAGAUCGGAUUGGUUCUGCUUUCUCCUUUGUCUGCUGGACGGAAAUAUGUCAUAAACGGUCAGGGUGUUAUAAGAUUGAGUCGUUCACUGUUGCUAUUCGAGUGCGCGGGUUCACAACACCAAAAACAACGGUACGUGGAUUAGAAAGGGCGAAAUUUUGGUGCCGUGCGGACCGACGCGACGUCGAGUGACAGCGUGAACGGUUAUGUUAGCCGAGCAGACAUUCAGUACGCGUUCGCUCCGAUACUACGACAGACCUGUGACUCGUUCUCGUACACGAUCGCGCACCACGAUCUUCUGGACUUUACGUGGAGACCCGUGAUCACAGUGAGAAGAAUACCAGCGAAUGUGAAGUCAAGGUUAUAUCCAGUGCGUCUUUUUCGCUGUAUUGUCAAAAUCAGCUGCCAUUGCUAUAGCAUUCCGAGGAUAGAUAUCGUAUGGGGCAUCUGUGUUGAAAGAGACUGUAUUCGGCCUCGCUGAAGUACUUGCUGAGAGAGCAGACUUGUCAAUUGUCAGAAAGAAACGGGUGGAAAAGGAAUUUUCAUCAAAGAAGAACGCAGAGCCUAGAAGUGAGAGUCGAAGGCUACAGUGGUAAAUGCAGUGGUGGAAGGAGAGAUGGAUCCAGCAAUGUUUGUCGCAUACACUCCGCAAACGAAUGGUGUUCCACUGGAGUCGAAGCUCGCUACCUAUAUGAAUCGUCAAAGUCCAGGGAUAACUCUAAGUACCGCAGCUGUUACGAAACAUUUGUCAAACCUUUCUCUGGAUCCACAGAAAAAGGUAACAGCCAGUCCAGAGUUUGUACCUGGGAGAAACCUUUCGGGUAGCAAUAGCAGCUCCCCGAAUCUUUUCAAUAAUUCUUAUCAUUCGCAAGAAAAUGUCGGCGGUACAACAUAUUUUUACUUGGGGAAUGCAUCGACAGAUACUGUCGGAUCCGAGGAAGGAACCGAACCGAUUGGAACGGUGGCAGGUCAGGUAGGCUUCGUCUAUCCUGGUACACCCUCGCAUCUGCAGCCGGUGAAACCUGUGACGAAACCUCCGUCAUCCAAUAAUUCUUCAGCUCCCUCGACCCCACCGCCCCAAGCAACACCUAGUUUCUUUGUUAGUGAGAGUUUGCGAAUGGACAUUCUUCAGAAGAAUGCUUUGACGUUAGCGCAACCCGACGUUGUACGAUUCCCUGAUCUACCGAACGAGGUAGAUAAUUAUCACGAGCUGUGCCCGUUAGAACCGAUCCAUAAACCUGCAUCGUCUAUGCUUGGGUAUCAAACUUCGACGUACAAAGCAACUAGCAUCAAAACUGGAACGCGUUAUUGUCUACGACGCAUACAUGAUUUCAGACUUGCCAAUACGAAGUGUAUGGUGCUGGUAGAUAUGUGGAAGCGAUUGUCGCACACGAAUCUUGUGCAAUUGAGAGAAGUUUUUACCACCAAGGCUUUUGGUGAUCAUUCCAUGGUGUUCGUUUACGACUAUCACCCCGGAUCGGAAACGUUGCUAACCAAACAUUUCUCGGCAACCGAGUUAAACGGUUAUACAGAUCCAUUCUCGUCGGAUCCGAACGCUCCCCGACCGUAUAGUCAUACCAAAAACACUAUCUUGAGGCAACAGCAUAGCAGUAUGCUACCGGAAAGCGUCAUAUGGAGCUAUAUAAUUCAACUCACUGCCGCCCUUCGUGUUAUACACGCCGCUGGUCUGGCGUACCGGUGUUUAGAUCCUACAAAAGUGUUACUCACAUCGCGAACGAGACUACGUUUAAGUUGCUUAGCUAUACCCGACGUUGUUACCUUCGAUGGUAACGCGGCGAGUCCAGUGACGCUGGUACCGCAUUAUCAACAAGAAGAUUUGAUCGCUCUAGGAAAGUUGGUGUUGGCGUUAGCGUGCCGCAGCCUUCUUGCCGUCCAUCGCGACAACAUGCAAGCUUCCCUCGAGCUCGUCUCGCGUUCCUAUUCUACGGAUCUUCGAAACCUUAUUCUGUAUUUACUCUCUAAUCAAGCACGAAGGACCGUGACAGAUCUCAUGCCGAUGAUCGGAGCAAGAUUUUAUACGCAAUUAGAUGCGGCUCAGCUCCGAUCCGAUGUAAUGGAAAACGAACUUGCCAAGGAGCUAGAAAAUGGCAAAUUAUUUAAGUUACUCGUAAAGUUGGCUACUAUUAAUGAGAGACCCGAGCUUAACAUGGAACCCACGUGGGCGGAAACGGGUGAUCGAUACAUGCUCAAACUGUUCAGGGAUUACGUUUUCCACCAGGUAACGGCUGAUGGAAGACCGUGGUUGGAUAUGGCACAUGUUGUUUCUUGCUUGAAUAAGCUAGAUUCGGGCUCACAAGAUAAGAUAUGCUUGAUGUCACGAGACGAACAGAGUGUGUUAGUAGUAAGUUACGCAGAGUUGCGACAAUAUUUGGAAACUUCUUUCGGAGAGCUAUUACAAUCCGCGAAAGAAGCUGUCUAGGUCUGUGUCGCAUUUUUCCUCUUUUUUUUUUAUUUCUCAAUCGACCAGGACAGUUACAUACUCCGAACCAUAAAUGUGAUAUCACCAUUUAGCGGUACUAUCAUUUUAAUCUUUAUCGAGACACAGGAGAGUGAGAUUUUGGGGCGGAGGAUCACGUUUGGUGACAAUGAAGUACUAGUAUGCGAACUCAGUUUGUAAGCAUGAUUUUCAAGUGUUGAAUCGAGACACGUGCGAGAUGUAUUCUGGUACUGCCAAUCGAAUGUAAUAUAUUAUGCGUGAAUGAAGGUCAUGUGAUCUUGUAAAUUGGGAAGCGUUUGAACUUGCUACGGAAGCUAUUACGGUACUAUACGAGGCAAAUAACAACAAAAACGAACACAACUUAAUAAUGCAAUGGAAGUCUUAAGGAACCUUAAGAGAAAAUCACCUAAACACAGUCAGUGUAUAGGAUAGAUCUUAGUUUUUAGGAUACAGCUGGUAAGCAUUAAUUUUGAAAUAAAUGUUUAUUUUUGAAAGCAAUCUUAA